CAGCAACCGCUGCCAUUAAAAUCCUUCUCCCAAGCCCUCGUGCUUUUCACCACAGACAGCACCACUCUCUCUCUCUCUCUCUCUCUCUUCGCUUGAAGAAAACUAGAGAGAAAAAGAAAAAAAGGAAGAAUCCAAAGAAUGGGGGAGGAGAAGCCGAAAUCAGCUGGUGUCUGGCCCACCGUGAAGCCUUUCGUUAAUGGAGGUGCAUCUGGAAUGCUUGCUACAUGUGUUAUUCAGCCUAUCGAUAUGAUUAAGGUGAGAAUACAACUGGGUCAGGGAUCAGCUGCUGAGGUGACCAAGACCAUGCUGAAAAAUGAAGGUGUUGGUGCCUUUUACAAGGGUUUGUCUGCUGGGCUUCUUAGACAAGCUACAUAUACCACUGCUCGGCUUGGAUCCUUUAAGAUGUUGACAAACAAAGCAAUAGAGGCCAAUGAUGGGAAGCCCUUGCCGCUUUACCAGAAGGCUCUAUGUGGUUUGACUGCAGGAGCAAUUGGAGCCUGUGUUGGCAGUCCUGCAGAUUUGGCACUGAUACGCAUGCAGGCUGAUGCAACUUUACCUGCUGCACAACGUCGGAAUUAUACGAACGCAUUUCAUGCCCUUUAUCGCAUUGUUGCCGAUGAAGGAGUUUUGGCACUUUGGAAAGGUGCCGGACCCACCGUGGUAAGGGCCAUGGCACUUAACAUGGGUAUGCUUGCUUCUUAUGAUCAAAGUGUGGAGUUCUUCAAGGACUCUCUUGGUUUUGGUGAGGGUGCUACAGUGCUAGGGGCCAGUAGUGUGUCAGGAUUUUUUGCUGCAGCCUGUAGUUUGCCGUUUGAUUAUGUAAAAACCCAAAUUCAAAAAAUGCAGCCAGAUGCUGAAGGGAAGUAUCCCUACACUGGUUCAAUGGACUGUGCCAUGAAAACACUGAAGUCGGGAGGACCCUUCAAAUUUUACACUGGAUUUCCAGUAUAUUGUGUUAGAAUUGCCCCUCAUGUCAUGAUGACCUGGAUAUUCCUGAACCAAAUCCAGAAAUUUGAGAAGUCCAUCGGAUUGUAAUUCAAGCUGCAGACGGAGGUGUUUGUUCUUUGACAUUUGAAACAGAAUAAUGUUUUCAGCCGCAUUGUAUUGGACUCUUGUUUUUGGUGAUUAGCAUCCCUCAACAAGUUAACGAUGAUUUUUACAGUGAUCAACAUGAUUUUUGUACCGAACUGAAUCAGAUUAGGAUAGGGACUGGAGUUGUCAAAAAUUCUCUCAAGGAGGAAGAUUACUUUAUCUGGGAAGUUUUUGGCAAAAUAAUCUUAUGUACUCUGAAAAUGCAUCCGUUGGGGAUGGUUCAUUUUUUAAACAAGAUUGAUGAUAUAUAUGCUCAUGUCUAUGUUUUUGCUUU